AAGGAGGAAGAAGUUAUCUAGAAUGCUAGCUGCUCGGUCGGUAGGAGUAGAGACACUGUAGUGAUAAUAACUUGGCCGCAGGAGUGACUGAAUUAUCCAACAAGUGUUAAAGCUGAAAGGAGAAGCUCCGGAGCAUCGAGAAUCACCGACUCUUCAUCUGCACGUGCGGGGAAAGCAGGACAAGGCUGCGGAUAGUGGAGCUUUAAGAGCCGCUGCUGAGGAAGCUGAGAGAGAAGCGUUGGAUUCAGACAUGUCUGCGGCCGGAGACUUCGGAAACCCUUUAAGAAAAUUCAAACUGGUCUUUCUCGGGGAACAGAGUGUGGGGAAGACGUCAUUGAUCACCAGGUUCAUGUAUGACAGCUUUGACAACACAUACCAAGCCACAAUAGGAAUAGAUUUCCUCUCCAAAACCAUGUAUCUGGAAGACAGAACGAUCAGGUUACAGUUGUGGGACACGGCAGGACAGGAGCGAUUUCGCAGCUUGAUCCCGAGUUACAUCAGAGACUCCGCUGCUGCUGUCGUCGUCUACGACAUUACAAACGUCAACUCUUUCCAACAAACUACAAAGUGGAUUGAUGAUGUCAGAACAGAGAGGGGAAGUGAUGUCAUCAUCAUGUUGGUGGGAAACAAGACAGACCUUGCAGACAAAAGGCAAGUAUCUAUUGAGGAGGGUGAACGGAAAGCCAAAGAACUAAAUGUAAUGUUUAUAGAGACUAGUGCAAAAGCAGGCUACAACGUGAAGCAGCUUUUCCGCCGCGUGGCGGCUGCCCUCCCUGGCAUGGACGCCACGCAGGACAAGAACAGAGAGGACAUGAUCGACAUAAAGCUGGAGAAACCUCCUGAGCAGCCCGUCAGCGAAGGAGGCUGCUCCUGCUAGAGGGCUCAGCUAUCCCCGCCGCCACUUCUCUGUACAUGUCCCCUCUUCACUACACCCCUUCCCCUCUGUCCCAUUAGCCUGACUAAGAACACUAUGCCGUGGCACUGCCGCCGCCCUGCUCCUCCAUCCAGACGCUCCCAGACUGAGAAGCGCUCUGUAACUGACGAGAAAUGGAGCAGCAGCCGGAGUUCGUUCUGUUUUCACUCAUUUCUAAGCAGAUUGUCAAAGAUAAAUCUGUCAGGUCACCACAUCCUGGACUCUUUUCAAACUACACGGACAUCGAAUGUCUGGUGCUUUUAACAGGAGAGCUUUGCUUUAAGCCCAGAGGGUGUGAAUCCUGUUUGCUUUUAAUCCUGAACAGACCUUUUUUUAUGAAGUGAUUGAACUGGGGAGAGAAGCUGAAGAUUGUUGGCUUUUAACCAUCAUCAUUGGUUUGGUUCCUCUAUAGUCCAUCUGUACACAUGUGAUGCAGCUAAAGUCCUGCUCUCAUCAUGAUGAUGCCUGUAUUUCAGACCUUUUCUAAGCACGUAUGUUUAAAAACACACUACAUGGUUAGAAAGCAGCACAAGCGUGGUUCACAGUCCUGCUGGUUGUUUUUUUCCAUCCAUGAGGAGGACAAAUAAAGUUUCAUAGAAUAUUUGUUUGCUUUUUUUUUGUAGUUUUCACCUAAAACCCAACAAAACUGUGGAUAGAGGAACAUUUGCCUUUCUUAGGGUAAAAAGUCGAAGAUGUGGGCUCCUUUGGCAUCGGUUUUGCUUUGAACACUAUAUUAUUUUUUGGUUUUGCUUUUUACUUUUUGGCUUUGAUCUUUCGUUAGUGAUUUAUCAAGACGUGUAUUUAAUCUACAAUGACUUGAAAUAUUUAUUUCUGUUGGAUAAAUGCUUCUGUUUUGUUUUUGUUUUUUUAUAGUUGGUAAUAUUUUUCCUUUGUGGUAACCAGUCCUAAAUGAUAUACGUCGUCCCAGAUCAGCUUUUCCAGAAUCUGACCGUCUGCCGUUGGAUCAUACUGAUGAUGUUGUGCAAUUAUUGUGAGAAUUUAUGCAGGAGAGUCUAUUAUGUAUAGUAGAUUUAACAUUUCUGUCUGGAAUUGUAAUAAAUGAAAGAAUAAAUUUACA